CUCCUCCUGUCCUUAUUUGGCGCUCCAGGUGAUAAGGCUGAGACAUAAAGGGGGCUGUGGGCCCCUCACAGGGACCAGGCUGCAGCACAGAGAGGAUGGCCAGCAGGAAGGCGGGGACCCGGAGCAAGGCGGCAGCCACCAAGCAGGCCCAGCGAGGCUCUUCCAACGUCUUCUCCAUGUUCGAGCAAGCCCAGAUCCAGGAGUUCAAGGAAGCCUUCAGCUGCAUCGACCAGAACCGUGAUGGCAUCAUCUGCAAGUCGGACCUCCGAGAGACCUACUCCCAGCUGGGGAAGGUGAAUGUCCCGGAAGAGGAGUUGGACGCCAUGCUGCAGGAAGGGAAGGGGCCCAUCAACUUCACCGUAUUCCUCACACUCUUUGGGGAGAAGCUCAAUGGGACAGACCCCGAGGAAGCCAUCCUGAGUGCCUUCCGCCUGUUUGACCCCAGUGGCAAGGGCGUGGUGAACAAGGAUGAGUUCAAGCAGCUCCUCCUGACCCAGGCAGACAAGUUCUCUCUGGCUGAGGUGGAGCAGAUGUUCGAGCUGACGCCCAUGGACCUGGCGGGGAACAUCGACUACAAGUCCCUGUGCUACAUCAUCACCCACGGGGACGAGAAAGAGGAGUGAGCUUGGCGCUGGUGGCUGUGACUCAGGGCCAGUCUCCGAGGAUGCCCCAAUAAAAGCUGUUUCUAAAUCAGAA